CUUUUCAGUCUCUCGCUGUUGUUUGGAUGAGUGCAACAUAGACAUUAUGUUUUUCAUCAGCAAACUUCUUUUUAUAUAUGCACUUAUACAGCUGAUUGCCAAGCCAUCAACAGCUAGGAAAAGAUAUCAAGAGAACGAUUUUUGCGGUGGUCUCCACGGAUUUCCUACCGGAACUUGUCAACUGGCCACAAAAUGCACAACACUGAAGACAUAUUACGAGAAAAACUGGAUUCAUCCACUGAACGUGCCCAGUUGUGGCUUCAAGAGACCCUUUGGCAGGGCAAUGCUCUGCUGUCCCAAACCUUUUGAAAACCUAACAGAGGGUGAAUCAUACAACUUCACUGGAACUCAUCUGGUUACUAUGCGAUACUACAAAAACAAUAGGGAUGAUUUUGCGUACCGUUGUACGGGUGUUUUACUGUCCUCGUCGCAUAUUCUAGCGUCGAAGCAAUGCGAUGCAGAGAACGACGAGGAUUUACCCAGCAAAGUAAAGUUGGGAUCCCAAGAUGCAAGAGUAAACGAUGAGUCAGAUAUUAAAAUCGCUGUUAAGCAACCCACGAGAUACAAAAAUGAUUUGGUGCUCAUCGAGUUGAGAACGAUACUUAACACAACACAGCCGAUGGGAAAUGUCAGCAUAGCGAAACUCUGUCAUCCAGAUGAUCUGAAGGGUCACCCGAACUUCUUUGCUGCCGGUUACUCAUACAAUACGGAAGAAAACGAAAGCUGCACCAAAUUCACGAUGCAAUUGCAAAACCUUAAUCUCAAAGAAUGCAACAAUGUGAAGGUGACGCGUCAAAUCGAAGAUUUGGCAACGGAUCAGUCACAUUUCUGCCUUCGCCCGUUACCCAUAUACAAGGAGGGCGAAGAGUGCUCAAAGUGUUUGACCGCGACAUCCAGCGUUCUUCAUGUGCAGCGAAUGGAUGGCAGUCAGUGUGUGGCGGGCAUUGCCACGCCCACAAGCAAUGAAUUCAUCGAGGAGGACAGUCCAUUGUACUUCACCAAUAUCCUGACAAAUUCAGUCAGCGAUUUCUUUAAUGAAAACAAUGUCGGCAGGACUAAUUAGCACAUACAAAUUCACGUUGAAUAUGAAUGUCUUUUCAGGUUAUACCCUAUACCCAUAGGGUAGAAGGGAAAUGUAUGUAACACGCAGUAGGAGUCAUCUUCGGCCCCCAUAAGUAGUACUGUUUAACAUAAUAUGUUUUUUAUUAUAAUUCAUUGUGUCGUCAGAUAUUAAUUAUGGAUGUCUAUUUUAAUACACUUUAAUAUACACUGACUUAAGUUUUCAUUUCAAUAUUAAUUAAGUAUUGAUAUGGCAAUAGUUGG